AUGGCUGCAGGUGUAGCUGCAUGGCUCCCCUUUGCCAGGGCAGCAGCUAUUGGCUGGAUGCCUAUAGCCAACUGCCCCAUGCCCAUUGCUCCAAGAGACCACAGCAAGAGACAGGAUGAGCUGAUCAUCCUCAAUGUUAGUGGCCGUCGUUUUCAGACAUGGAGAACCACCCUGGACCGCUACCCAGACACUCUGCUUGGCAGCUCUGAAAAGGAGUUCUUUUACGAUGAGGAAACCAAAGAGUACUUCUUUGACCGAGACCCAGAUGCCUUCCGAAGUGUCCUCAACUUCUACCGAACGGGGAAGCUCCACUACCCACGCUACGAGUGCAUCUCAGCAUAUGAUGAAGAGUUGGCUUUCUUUGGCAUCAUCCCUGAGAUUAUUGGUGACUGCUGCUAUGAAGAGUACAAGGACAGGAAAAGGGAGAAUGCAGAACGACUUCAGGAUGAUCAGGAAGAAAAUAAAGACUUGAAGAUGCCCAAUAUGAAUUUCAGGGAGACUAUGUGGCGGGCCUUUGAGAACCCCCACACCUCCACCAUGGCCCUUGUCUUCUACUAUGUCACCGGAUUCUUUAUAGCCAUCUCAGUCAUCACCAAUGUGGUGGAGACUGUGCCCUGUGGCGCCACAGCCAACCAGAAGGACAUGCCGUGCGGGGAGCGCUACACCGUGGCCUUCUUCUGUAUGGACACAGCCUGUGUCAUGAUCUUUACCGUGGAGUACCUGAUGCGCCUGUUUGCAGCACCCAGCCGCUACCGGUUCAUGCGCUCAGUGAUGAGUAUUAUUGAUGUGGUGGCCAUCUUGCCCUACUACAUCGGCCUGGUGAUGACCAACAAUGAGGACGUGAGUGGUGCCUUUGUGACACUGCGCGUGUUCCGGGUGUUUCGCAUCUUCAAGUUCUCUCGUCACUCGCAGGGCCUGCGGAUUUUGGGAUACACCCUGAAGAGCUGUGCCUCAGAGCUGGGCUUUCUCCUCUUCUCCCUCACCAUGGCCAUCAUAAUCUUUGCCACCGUCAUGUUCUAUGCGGAGAAGGGCUCCAGUUCCAGCAAGUUCACCAGCAUCCCAGCAUCCUUCUGGUACACGAUUGUCACCAUGACUACACUGGGUUACGGGGACAUGGUGCCGAAGACGAUCGCUGGGAAGAUAUUUGGCUCCAUCUGCUCUCUGAGCGGGGUGCUGGUAAUCGCCCUGCCGGUCCCUGUCAUUGUCUCCAACUUUAGCCGCAUCUAUCACCAGAACCAGAGAGCAGACAAGCGGCGUGCUCAGAAGAAAGCCAGACUGGCCCGGAUAAGAAUAACCAAGACAGGUAGCUCCAAUGCUUUCCUCCAGAGCAAACGCAAUGGACUGCUCAACGACCUGCUGGAGCUGACGGGUACAGAAGAGGAUGGGCAGAAGCUGAGUAAGAGCACCUCGCUGCUGGAGAGCCAACACCACCACCUGCUGCAUUGUCUCGAGAAAACCACUGCCCACGAGUUUGUAGAUGAACAGAUGUUUGAGCAGAACUGCUUAGAGAUGGCACUACAGAGUUAUCCAUCAUGCAGCCCCUCUGCGUCCAGCCGCGAUGGAUCUGUUGGCACCUGCUGCAGCCGCAGGGGGAAGAGGAGCACCCAUCUGCCCAACGCCAGCAUACCCCCUGCCCACCAGGGCCCCCUGCACGAGCUCAGUGCCAUCCGCAUACAGUGUGGUGAGCCACCAUCCUGUGUGGUUAGCCGUUCCAGUCUUAACCUGAAAACCGAUGACAGCAGCAGGGUCAACUGCAAGGGCGGUCAGAUCACCACGGCCAUCAUUAGCCUCCCGACGCCCCCUGCCUUAACCCCUGACGGCGAUGGCCUCCACAGGCCUCCCCAGCGGAGACCCCCCAUCCACCCUCCAGCCCCAAGCAUCCAGACCACAUCUAGCUCAUCUUGCGCUAACAUCGUCAAAGUUUCCGCUCUGUGA